AUGGAGGGCAUCAAGGUUGAAGAGACCAAGCCGCAGCAGGCCGCGAAGUCAGAGAAGCAGAACCAGAAGAAGCCCGCUGAAGGCAGAGCCAUGAGAACUGGCGGAAAGAAGAAGGCAUCGGGCGUCAUUCCCAGUGAGCCGAUUGCAGGCGUCCGCGAUUUCCCUCCUGAGGAAAUGAGGAAGCGCACCUGGUUGUUCGACAAGUUCAGGGAAGUCGCUCGUGUCUUCUCAUUCCAGGAGUACGAUGCUCCCGUGCUUGAGUACGAAGAGCUCUACACCAGGAAGGCUGGCGAGGAGAUCACACAGCAGAUGUACAACUUCGUCGACAAGGGAGACCAGAAGGUGUCGCUCCGCCCCGAGAUGACCCCGUCUCUGGCCAGGCUCGUCAUCCAGAAGGGCAAGGCGCUGAUGGUGCCGGUCAAGUGGUUCAGCAUUCCCCAGUGCUGGAGAUUCGAGACCGUGACCCGGGGCAGGAGGAGGGAGCACUACCAGUGGAACAUGGACAUCAUCGGCGUCAAGGAGGUGACCGCCGAGGCCGAACUGCUGGCUGCGAUCGUUGCCUUCUUCAAGUCGGUGGGACUCAGCGCCAAGGAGAUCGGCAUCAAGGUGUCCAGCAGGAAGGUGAUCGAGAAGAUCAUCGACGAUCUCAAGAUCCCCAAGGAGGUCUUCGCCCAGACCUGCAUCAUCGUCGACAAGCUGGACAAGCUCGAGAGGGCCGACGUGGUGCAGCAACUUGCCGCUUUGGACCCUCCCGUCCCGGAGGAAGUGGCCAGCAGGCUGAUCGACACCCUCUCGGUGAAGAGCAUCGAAGAGCUUGGUGCCCUCAUCGGCGAGGAACACGAGGCCGUCAAGGAGCUCCAGAAGCUGUUCUGGCUCGCCCAGAGCUAUGGCUACGCCGACUGGAUUCAGUUCGAUGCCUCGGUGGUCCGUGGUCUGGCCUACUACACCGGCAUCGUGUUCGAGGGCUUCGACAGGACUGGCGGCAUUCCCCGCGCCAUCUGCGGCGGCGGUCGCUACGACAGGCUCUUCUCCACAUACGGCGCCAAGGACAUCCCUUCGUGCGGUUUCGGCUUUGGCGACUGCGUGAUUAUGGAGAUCCUGGAGGACAAGAAGCUGCUCCCGAGCUUCGCCCCCAAGAUCGACGACAUCAUCCUCGCCUUCAACGAGGAGCUCAGGCCGGCCGCCAACGAGCUCGCCAUGGCCCUUCGGAUUCAGGGUCGCGCCGUCGAGAUCGUGCUCGGCGAGGGCAAGAAGCUGAAGUGGGCCUACUCGUACGCCGAUCGCCUGGGCGCUGACAGGGUGAUGCUGAUUGCUCCCGACGAGUGGAAGGAGAGGAAGAUCCGAGUGAAGGACAUGAAGAAGCAGACCGACAAGGACGAGAACCAGUACGACGUCCUCUACGACGACCUCGUCAAGCAGUAG